AUGCCAAUAAGACCAAAUCUCCAGCAGUUGGAAAAAUGCAUUGAUAAUGCUCUAAGAAAAAAUGAUUUCAAACCUUUGAAAACACUUUUACAAAUCGAUAUUUGUGAAGAUGUGAAGAUUAAAUGCAGCAAACAGUUUUUCCACAAGUUGGAUGAUCUUAUGUGCAGGGAGCUGAAUAAAAAGGAUAUCCAAACCGUUUCAACCAUUUUGGUUUCUUUUGGAAGAUGUGGCAAAAAUAUCAGUAUAUUGGGGCAAGCUGGACUUCUAACUAUGAUAAAACAAGGACUAGUACAAAAGAUGGUUACCUGGUUUGAAAAAUCCAAGGAGAUUAUUCUGAGUCAAGGAAAUUCAAAAGAUGAAGCUGUUAUAAAUAUGAUAGAAGACUUAUUUGAUCUUUUGAUGGUCAUACAUGACAUCGAUGAUGAAGGUAAAAGGCAAGUAGUGGAAAGUUUCAUACCUCGAAUUUGUGCCCUGGUUAUUGACUCAAGAGUGAAUAUUUGUAUUCAGCAGGAGACUCUAAAAAAAAUGAAUGCUAUGCUGGACAAAAUGCCUCAAGAUGCCAGGAAAAUACUCUCUAAUGAAGAAAUGUUAAUUCUCAUGAGUAGUAUGGGAGAAAGGAUUUUAGAUGCUGGAGACUAUGACCUACAAGUGGCUAUCGUAGAAGCUUUAUGUAGAAUGACCACAGAAAAACAAAGACAAGAACUGGCAUGUCAGUGGUUUUCAAUGGAUUUUAUUGCUAAUGCAUUUAAAGGAAUUAAAGUCUCUGAAUUUGAAACAGAUUGCAGGAUAUUUCUCAACCUUGUAAAUGGCAUGCUUGGAGACAAAAGAAGGGUCUUUACAUUUCCUUGUUUAUCAGCAUUUCUUGAUAAAUAUGAGUUGCAAAUACCAUCAGAUGAAAAACUUGAGGGAUUUUGGAUAGAUUUUAAUCUUGGGAGCCAGACUGUAUCAUUCUACGUUGCUGAAGACGAUAAUCAUCAGUGGGAAGCAGUCACUGUGCCUGAGGAAGAAGUACAAAUAUACAGCAUUGAAGUGAGAGAAUCGAAGAAGCUACUGACUAUAAUUCUGAAAAAUAAAGUAAAAAUUAGUAAAAGAGAAGGGAAAGAAUUGCUUUUGUAUUUUGAUGCAUCGUUAGAAAUCACUAAUGUGACACAAAAAAUUUUUGGUGCAGAUAAGUAUAGGGAAUUUACCAGAAAACAAGGCAUUUCCGUUCCCAAAACAUCUGUGCAUAUUCUUUUUGAUGCAAGUGGAUCACAGAUUCUAGUCCCAGAAAGUCAAAUCUCACCAGUCGAAGAAGAACUUGUUAGUUUGAAAGAAAAAGCUAACCCCCAAGAGGAAUUUGCUAAACCUCCAAAAUAUAUCAAAAACAGUAAUCAAGGGGACAGAAAAAAUAGUCAGCCUAAGAUAAUUACUCCUAGUAAAAGAAAAAUGUCUGAAGCAUCAAUGAUUGUUCCUGGCACAGAUAGAUACAUUGUGAGAAGUCCAAUAUUUUUAGUCAAUACAUCAACACUACGAAGAAGAAUUAAACCACCACUGCAAAUGACGAGUUCUACAGAAAAACCUGGUGCUUCUAAAACAUUGGAAAAUGGAGUGGAUAAUGCUGUAUCACUUAAAUCUAGACCAUCUGAAGAAAGAAAUAGAGGAGAUAAUACAGACAAACAUAUCGAAACUGAUAAAAUUAGAGAAAAGACAGAAAAUAAGGACAUUGAAUUACCAAACCAGAAUUUUAGUGAACUCCAGGAAAUUGUUCCUGAUUCACAGGCAGUGGGAAAAAUAGAUAAACCUGUGUUACCUGGUCUUUUAGACAACGUCUGUGGAAAUAAAAUGCACUCCAAGUGGGCAUGUUGGCCACCUGUAACAAAUAGUAAUCUGUACAGUAACCAAAGAGCAAGUACUUCAUCAGGAGACACGUUUAAUCAAGAUAUUGUUAUCAACAAAAAACUUACUAAACAAAAAUCAUCCUCUUCAAUGUCAGAUGAUAAUUCUCAGGAAAUGGGAAAGGUGCAGUAUGGGAAAGACAUAAUGCAGCAUAACAAAAUACAUAAAGCAGAAGUAGAAGUUUGCAAAAGAAACAAACAACAACAACUAAAUCAUUCUAAACAUUUGGAGGAGAAAAAUACUGAAAAUACAAAGCAGAGUGAUUGGCAUAUUGAAUCUGAAACUACUUUAAAAUCAGUUCUCCUAAAUAAAAAAGUUGAAGAAUCCGUGAUCUGUAGGAAGAAAUACAUACUGUCAAAAGAUGUGAAUACUGCUAUCUGUGAUAAAAGCCCUUCUCCUAGAAAAAAUGCAGAAAGUCAUAGAAAAUCAGGGGAAAGAUUGACAUCUGAAUUUAAUUCCUGGGAUUUGAAACAAAAAAAAAUGAGAGAAAAGUCAAAAGGGAAAGGAUUUACUGAUGCAGCAGAAUCUUUGAUAAGCCAAAUUAAUAAGAGAUACAAACCAAAGGAUGGCAUAAAGUCUACAAGAAAAUUAAAGGAGUCUUUGAUUGACAGUGGUUUUUCAAACAAAUCUGAUCUACAGCUCAGUAAG